GAACCACGCGCUCUGACGCAACGAUAACGAUAACGAGUUGCACCACCGACUAUUCCCCCUAUUAAUUUUCGCACCUUCAUCUUUUAAUGGCUUGAUUUCUCACUCAAGCUGCGACGUUAACUCCGCCAGUGCUUGAAGCUGGGACGAUCCCGACCGAUAUUCCAAUUUACCACGUUCCUCACAGUCUAUCUGAGCCCCUGAACCCCUGAACCCCUGACGACAUGCCCGCGCCGCGACCUCCUCUUCCCCCCGACCGUCUAGCCGCCUUCACCAAGGCCAUGCAACAAGUCUACAGGUUCCCCAUCCCCGAAGACAACAUCCCGGCCGAGGCACUAGGACACGCAUCAUCUUCCAGCCCCUGGACCCCUCCCCCCGCAUCCGCAGGUCACAAGGGCCGCUACCUCUGGACAGACGCCUUCGGCCUCGUCAACUUCCUGACCCUCCAUCGCCUGACAGGAGCAUCCGACUACUUCAACUACGCCACGACCCUCGCACACACAGUACACGACGUCCUAGGCCGCACGCGCGACGGUUCCGCCCGUCUCCCCGGCGCCUCCGACACGGACCCGCUCGGCGGCGGCCUACGGAUCGGCAAAGAAGACGCCUCCGGCCCAGACGGCGACGGCCAAUACCACCACUACCUGUCCCUGUGGAUGUUCGCCCUGAACCGGCUCGCGGUGGCGUCGCGCCGGGAGCGGCGACACGGCGACGCUUUGAAGUGGAACGGAUAUGCGGUCCGACUCAUGCAAGCGGUGCAUCCGGCCUUUGUCUACGACAGGCAGAAGCCGAGGCCGCGGAUGUACUGGAAGGUGAGUACCGGGUUGGAGCGGCCGCUGGUUACGAGCGAGGGGAAUCUGGAUCCCGUGGAUGGGCUUGUUGUCUGCAAGGUGUUGAGGGACUUUGCGCGCCAAGAUGACCAGGAGAGCGACGUCCUCCGGGAGGAGAUGCGGGAUUAUGAGAGGAUUGUCUCGGUCAAGUGGGAGGGAUAUGGGAGCCGUGACCCGCUGGAUCUGGGCAUGACUCUCUGGACGGCGCACUUGUACGGCGGUCGGGAGACGUGGGCUAGGGGUCUGCUGGAGCGGGCUGAGAGGGAUUUGAAGAAGCUCUUGGCUGCGGGCUACUUUGGUCAGACCAUUCGGACUCGACUUGCCUUUCGCGAGUUUGGGACCGUGCUGGGCAUCCGAUGUGCGUUUGUUCGUGAGCCCGACUGGCAAAGCACGGCCGAUAAGAUCCUCGAAACCUGGGAGAGGGCUGGCGUCGAACCGGGCAUGGAGGAUCUCAGGCCUAUUACACUGGUUAUGUAUGCGGCUGCAAUUGAACCCGGAGCUUUCAGGCGGGGGUGGCUGGAGGAGUCUUGACUUUUGGCAUUUGCUUGACGGGACCACACCACCUGGCCCAUGGUCGCCUCCCGGAGACUGAAUGUUAACAACGUAUUGUUUGGCCUGGCUGGCUAUCCAACAACGGAACCGCGCCAUAUCUCCUCGAGUUUGGGAAUUUCAAAGUUUGAAAGGAUGCUG